ACUUCAGUGAAAACCUCUAACAGUGGAGAUGUUUGUGCAGGAGCUUCCCAGGUCGGUGAUUAUUAUCGGUACCGCGUUGUGACAGAUUACAGAGACAUGCAGCAAUCUGUGGAGGCUCUGGUGCGCGUGCUGGAGACAUAUCGAGGGAGAGAUAAAGUUAUCAGAACGCUGUGUUAUGGCUCUCAGCUGGUUGGAGGAGCUCUUUCUCGUAAAGCCGAAACAGAAGUUACGUCCCAGCAGCUCGGGAAAAGUCUGUUACUGUUUUCAGCUCAGCUCAGCCACUGUAGGACGGUGCUGAGGCUGUUUGAUGAUCUCUCAAUGCUUGCCUACUCUCAUGGUUAUGGGCUUGGAGGCACGGAGGAGGAUCCAGGUGUGCGCUGGAUCUCUGUGCUGAACAACUUGGCUGACCAGCUGUAUUACCCGUGUGAACACAUUGCCUGGGCUGCUGAUGCAGAACUCAUCAAAGUGAAGUCUGAUAAGUGGUGGCUGCUCUGCACAGUGCUGUGGGGAACCUCGCUGCUUCUGGGAAUUCUCAGAUCUCUGAGAGUUUUGCUGCUCCUGAAGAAGAAGUUGAGGAAACAUGGGAGGGAAGGAGAUCAACACAGUCGCUCUCAGCUACGCGGACAGAUGCGAGGGGAGCUGCUUUCUGUCCUCGGCAGCAUGGCCGACCUCAGCAAUGCCAUUCACUGGAUGCCACCCGGCUUCCUGUGGGCUGGACGUUUCCCAAACUGGCUGGUGGGGCUGAUGGGUACCGUCUCGUCUGUGGUCGGUUUGAUCAAGAUGAGUGCGGGCAGCAGUGACUAGACAGACAGUACAUAAUCUUGACCUCACAGUGAGGAGUGGAUGAAUGGGCUUUGGUGAGCUCUAAACAAAUGAUGUAGAGGAGUAAAAUACCAAGUUAAAGGUCAUGAAGCACAUCCUAAAUGUGGUCAGGCCUUAGUCCUUUGAUAGAAAUUAAGCUCUAUUUUCUACAAAUAAAAUGCAAUCGCCUGAGAAUAUAAUGGUAUAAGAAGUAAAACAGCAUGGUAGAAAUGUAUAAUUCAAGGUUUGAUCAGCUGUGACUGACAGUCUUUUGAAAAUCAGAGGUCAAUCGUCUUUAUUUCAUUCAGAUUUUUUAAAAUGAGACGAUGAAAGGCAAGAUUUAAUGAUGGCAUUAGUCAAUCAAAAGAUUCUUUUUUAAUCCAUUGUUUGACAGCUAUUUGCUGCAACUUCAUCCUCAUGCAAAUGUAACAUUUUUUCAAGAAACUUUGCUUAAGGGAAUCCAGAUAAAGUAUUUCAGAUUGUUGAAGAAGUGCUUCGAGGCCCUUCUUGUUGAUAAGUCCUGGUGAUGUUGUGUAAAUUAGCAGGAAGCUUCAGAACUGAGUUAUCUCUGUGCUUUGCUCAUAAAACAAUCUUUGCAUUGUUUACUGAGUCAUUUUAAGGGCAGCCAAGUUAAGAAAAUGGCAGACUCAUCUGGAGCAUCACCUCUUUUGCUUGGGGAAUACAAGAUUUGUUUUCAGUAUGCAAAGUCCAAGACUUCACCCUGUGCCUGGUGUAAGUAAAGUUCACAUUUCAUAGGUUGAUUCUUUCACAGAACAGAACAGUUAACACUAGGUGUAAUUUAAGGGAAGGUAUUCACAAACACUUAACAUCGACCCAUUAAGUCAAUCACCUGAGAUGAUCAGUGCACAGAAGUUGGGAUCGAGACUUUAGUAAUUUGUAACUAAAGCUUUUCAGUGACUUUAAGAAAAAUACUGUGACAUUGUAGAAAGAAUGCUCAAUCAUUGCCUUAAAUACACACUCCACAGAACUACUCUUCAGUAUGGCAUUCAUAAGUAUUUUAUAAACUGUGAAUUCUUUUUUUACUUAGAUCACUCAAUUGAAUUGAAUUUUUGAAUAAACGUAGAAAAGAGGAGGGUGGGUGCUUCAUGGGGUCAGCAAUGACGAGAACAUUGUAACCAGGUGCUCUUCAGGAUAAGAGCAUAAGGAUAGAAUGCAAAAAGAAGAACAAAUGACUUGCAAGAUAACAUGCAAAUAAAGUCCAUGGUAGGAAUGCAGUCAAAACUGAACAUCAGAUUUACUCUAAUGUAUUACAUUUCUUUUAUUGAAAUAUUAUACGUAAAGGUUUUUUAUUACAUUGGCUUGGUGCUUUCAGUUCUGAGUGCUUCAACCAUGGACCUUAUCUGCAAGUAAUCUGGUAAGUCAUUUUUUUCUUCUUUUUGAAUUUAUUUUCUGACUGAAAAUGUUUAAAGAUGAACCUACUGUAUGAUUGUAGUUAUGAAUGUCCUCUCUUAAGGCGACACUACAGCUGAUGUCACUUAACGGUUCUAAGUCGAUACUGUCAUUAAAAAAAGUCUAAGUAAACAAAUGAUUGAUUUGCAUUAAAGAUUAGUAGAAAACAGCUUAGGGUGGUAAGUUUGGAUGGAAUCGUGUAUGUGUUUCUGGUAAAACCGUAGUUAAGCUGUUGGAAGUUAAAAUGAAUGUAUGUUUUUAUUAUUAAUGAUAUAAACGAAUGAUUUUUUAAAUAAAAAAAAUCCUUUUCGA